CGGCUCCAUUCCCUCCUUUUUUUCUCUUCCACUUUUCUACCUUCUCUAUAAAUUGCUCCCUCUUCUCUUUGAUCCCCUUCUUUCCUCUCUGUUUUAUCGAUUCUUCUUCGUCCCCUCUUGCCUUGCUCUGCAUCUUCUAGAUCGUCGCGGAUGCCUCCCUCGCGAAUGGUGGAAGUAGUGGAGAACGGGCGGCGCGACGCGAUGGGACUGCGUAAGGUUGACUCGCGCGCCUCGAUCACGGAGGCAGACGACCUCGACCUGGCGCGGCUUCCCGAUCGGCCGCGGAUCAAGAUCGAGCGGAAGAGAUCGUUCGACGAGCGCUCGCUCAGCGAGCACUUGGCCGGGGGGAGUCUCCGGCAGGUCGACAGCGUCGAGAGCAUUUUCUCCCUCGGAGGCCUGAGAUCUGUUCUGGACUCGCCGUCCUCGUUGGGGCACCACUCGUUCGAGCCGCACCCGAUGUUCGCGGAGGCCUGGGACGCGCUCCGGAAGUCCAUCGUGCUCUUCCGCGGCCAGCCGGUGGGCACCAUCGCUGCUCUGGAUCACGCAUCGGAAGAGGUCCUCAAUUAUGAUCAGGUUUUCGUCCGUGAUUUUGUGCCAAGUGCCAUGGCUUUCCUGAUGAACGGAGAGAACGACAUAGUGAAAAAUUUCCUCCUGAAGACUCUCCACCUCCAAGGGUGGGAGAAGAGGAUCGAUCGAUUCAAGCUCGGGGAAGGUGUGAUGCCUGCGAGCUUCAAAGUUCGCCACGAUCCUAUAAGGAAAAACGACAAUUUGACCGCGGAUUUCGGCGAGAGCGCAAUCGGAAGGGUUGCGCCUGUGGACUCCGGUUUCUGGUGGAUCAUUCUUCUCCGGGCGUACACAAAAGCCACAGGCGACAUGACUCUGGCAGAAUCACCGGAGUGCCAGAGAGGGAUGAGGCUCAUACUAGCCUUGUGUUUGUCCGAAGGCUUCGAAACAUUCCCGACCUUGCUCUGCGCCGACGGAUGCUCAAUGAUCGAUCGGAGAAUGGGAGUUUAUGGCUAUCCUAUCGAAAUCCAAGCCCUGUUCUUCAUGUCAUUGAGAUGUGCUCUAUCGAUGCUCAAACAAGACUCCGAAGGGAAGGAAUUCAUAGAGAGAAUCGUGAAACGCCUGCACGCCCUGAGCUACCACAUGCGGAACUAUUUCUGGCUUGAUUUCCAGCAGCUCAACGUCAUUUACAGAUACAAAACAGAGGAGUACUCUCACACGGCGGUGAACAAGUUCAACGUCAUUCCGGACUCCAUCCCCGAUUGGAUCUUCGACUUCAUGCCGAACCGCGGUGGGUACUUCAUCGGGAAUGUGAGCCCCGCGAGAAUGGACUUCAGAUGGUUUGCGCUCGGCAACUGCAUUGCGAUUCUGUCUUCGCUCGCGACUCCGGAGCAGUCGGCGGCGAUCAUGGACCUGCUGGAAGAAAGAUGGGAGGAGCUCAUCGGCGAGAUGCCGCUGAAGAUUGCGUACCCUGCUUUGGAGGGUCACGAAUGGCGGAUUGUGACAGGGUGCGACCCUAAAAACACCAGAUGGAGCUACCACAAUGGAGGAAGUUGGCCAGUGCUCCUCUGGCUCUUCACUGCCGCAUGCAUCAAAACCGGCCGUCCCCAAAUUGCCCAACGAGCCAUCGAUCUCGCAGAAAGCAGGCUGUCCAAGGACGGCUGGCCCGAGUACUACGACGGCAAGACAGGCCGAUACGUCGGCAAACAAGCGAGGAAGUUCCAGACAUGGUCCAUCGCGGGCUACUUGGUAGCGAAAAUGAUGCUCGAAGACCCUUCGCAUCUCGGCAUGAUCUCUUUGGAGGAGGACAGGGCCAUGAAGCCUCCUGUGAAGAGAUCUGCUUCAUGGACGAUCUGAAAGCCAGGAACUUGGAAGGAGAAGAUCAAUCCCUUUACACUAUUCUUUUUUCUUCUACGCCGAUUUGUUCUCUAUCUUUUCUUCUUUCUGCAAUUGCAAAAGCAUAUGUAUGA